AUUACAAAUUUCAAUUUUUCCUGUCAAAUCACAGUAGUGUCUGCAGACAAAACUACCUGUCGUACAAGCCUGAUGUUUAUUUAAAAUAACGGUACAGACGUCGAAUGUUGGUACAAGAUCUCAAAUUAAAAGUAAACUAGCCUCGUGUUUACUAAACCGCUAACCAACCUGACCCGAAAAAUCGACCCAUUCGUAGUAGCCAUGCAGAUCGUUACGGUUCUUCUUGUCUUAGGUAGAUUUUUGUGUGUCGAAAAUACGAUGUUUUCGAGGAAUUACAAAAGAGACGUGAUGACUUUCGAUGAAGACUCAACUCUGCGAUAUCCAUUUUUUAAUUUCGCCUCCGAAUCGAAAUCCGAUGAAGACGAGGAUGAUAAUGGAAAAGAAAUGGCAUUAGAAUCCUCUGAAAAAGAAAUAUUAGACAGUUCCGAGAACAACACAAAACUACUUGGGAAACUUAAAGAGCCGUGCGCGAUCGUGGUACGUUCUAACAUCCAUCCGACGAUGCAAUCGCUGCUGCGCAAGUACAGAUACGAUGCAAAAGGUGCACUGAUUCCCAGCAGUGUUAGAUACUUCAUAAAGGUGCCGCAAGGCCUCGGAGAGCCGUUACUGGUUCCGCUUAAUGACAAAUCUGUUUCGCAUCUAGGAGGUUUUGUGAGGUAUUAUAAAGAAGUCCCGCCAAUACCACAAGCAUUAUAUUCAAAGCGGAAACUACAUACUUAUUUUAAGCAGUAAAUGUAUGUUACCUGAAAUAAAUGUAUGACCACGACGAUAAAACUGGUCUAAUAUUCACCUUUAUUUACAACGGCCCGAGACAACAUGUUAAGGUCACAGAUGAUUGAUGACCCGUUGAUUGAGAAAUCAAUGGUGAUUGAGAUUGUGCUUUCAUCAAAGAGGUUUUAUAUUUUUUACUUUUAUUAAUAACAAUUUCCUCGCAUUAUCGAAGAGGAACCACAAUGCAUGCGCCUAUCAUUCGGCAGAACGAGAUUAUAGCGCGAAAUGUAAUUCAGAAAUGUUUAUAAUCUGUGUUAUUUCAUAAAAUGUACCAAUAUACUGUUUCAAACUUUU